AUGUCAUUGAGAUCAUAUUUAGUUACUCUUAAGAAGCAAUUGGAAUCUAAUUCAAUCAAGACUCCUUUAAGAUUUGUUACAGGUAAUCAGUCGGCUGAUUUAGACUCGGUUAUUAGUGCAAUUACUUUUGCAUAUUUUAAUUACAAAAGAGAUGAAUCAUUGUUAAUUCCAUUAAUUAACAUAUCUAGAAACGACUUUAAGUUACGAAGAGACAUUGUUACUUUAUUAAAUUCGUAUUCAAUAACUGAGGAUAGCUUAUAUUUCAUUGAGGAUUUCAAAAGAAUAACGGCAUCCGAUGCCCCUAUCGAAUUAACAUUAGUUGAUCACUGUAAUGUCCAAGGGGAUAUAUUCACGGAGUAUAUUUCUGAAGGAAAGCUAGAAGUAGUUGGGAUUAUAGACCACCAUCAGGAUGAAUCAGUAUUUUUAAAUGCAAACCCAAGAAUAAUCCAUAGUAAUGGAUCUUGUUCUUCCUUAGUCUUUAACUAUUGGUAUGACCAAUUUAGUAAUAAGGAUAUUUUCUAUGAAAAAAAUAAUGAAGUGGUUCCUUUGUUGUUGGGUUCUUUGUUAAUUGAUACGUCAAAUAUGACCCAAAAGGUUGAAGGAGGAGAUGUUAUCGCCUUUAGUGAAUAUCAAAAUAUUUUACAAAAAAAUGAGAAUUUACUCAAAGGAUUAAAUGAAUAUGCUUGUCAAAGUACUGAUAAUAUCGAAAAGUUAUUAAAAGGAUAUUAUAAACAGAUAAAGAAAGCAAAAAAGGAUAUGAAAGGGUUUUCAUUUUAUGAUAUUUUAAAAAAGGACUAUAAGCAAUUCAAGUUCAUUUCCAAAAGUGAUGUAUCUACAACGGUUGGAUUUAGUUCCAUUGGUAAAUCAUUCUAUUGGUUAUUCUCAAACUAUUCUAAAGAGGAAAUAUCAGAGACUUUCAAUAAAAUCAUGAAAGAUCUCAAUUUAGAUCUUUUGGUCAUGACACCUUCUUAUACUAGGCAAGAAAAUGAUCAAUACGCAAGAGAGUUCGGAUAUACUUUCAACUCCAAAAAUUCUCGCAAAGAAAUUUUGCUGCAAUUAGCUGAAUUAGCUAAAGAUGAAUUGAAAUUGAAUUCUGAUACAUACAAACUAGAAAACUUUGAUAAUUAUCUUGCUAAUUUAGCAAACAAUCAAGAAUUUAAAGUCUACAAUCAGAACAACUUAGCGGCUUCAAGGAAGCAAAUAGUUCCCGUUGUCAAGAAUAUUCUCGAGAAUAACUAA